AAUUUUCCAUUGCUUUAUUAUCUGAGCUCUCUUCUUCCAAACAAUGAUUCUGAUAGCCUCACACACCUUCUUUCUUUUUCUCUGAUAAACCCUUUUCUCUUUAACCUUCAAAACCAAACAAAAGCUUUGAAAAAUUCUCCCCAUAUCCACGCUUUUCUCUUUUUACACACACAGACAUAUAUAUUGAAAAAUUUUCAUGCUUCUUUAACUUUCCCUGCAUAUGUAAAAGUAAAAAUGAAAACCCUGCAACAUAUAGCAGCAGUAAAGAGGGUGGUGCAGAAAGUCUUGUGACUCAGAUCCCAAUACACUUCCAAUCUAUAUUACACCAUUAACGAGAAAAAAAUUAUUUCACUCUCAAGCACAAAGGGUUCUUUCUUUCUUUCUUUAUUUCCCUUGUGGUCCUUUAUAUAUAUAUAUAUAUCUAUAUAUAUAUCAAAAACCCUCUUUUUCUCUUUAGAAGAAAAACCCACUUUUUUUUUUGUUGUUGUUGGGUAAAAGCCAAAAAAAAAAAAAAAUGCAAGAACCAGGUGGGUUAGGUAUGAUGAGUAGUGGUGGUGGAAGUGAAACGAUUGGAGGGUUAAGUAGCGGUGAAGUGUCAGUUUCCGGUGACCAGAACCGUCAUCUCAAGGCGGAGAUAGCUACACAUCCACUUUAUGAGCAACUUUUAGCAGCUCAUGUGUCUUGUCUUCGUGUUGCUACACCGAUUGAUCAGUUGUCUUUGAUUGAUGCACAGUUAGCAGAGUCGCAUAACAUUUUGAGAUCCUAUGCUUCACAACAACAAGGUCACUCUUUAUCACCACAUGAAAGACAAGAGCUUGAUAACUUUUUGGCACAAUAUUUGAUAGUGUUGUGUACUUUCAAAGAACAGCUUCAACAACAUGUCAGAGUCCAUGCCGUUGAAGCUGUCAUGGCUUGCCGUGAAAUUGAAAAUAACUUACAAGCGCUCACUGGAGUAACCUUGGGUGAAGGCACAGGUGCAACAAUGUCAGACGAUGAGGAUGAACUGCAAAUGGACUUCUCUCUGGAUCAAUCUGGGUCCGACGGCCAUGAUUUGAUGGGUUUUGGUCCCUUACUUCCCACAGAAUCUGAAAGAUCUUUAAUGGAGAGGGUUCGUCAAGAGCUCAAGAUUGAACUCAAACAGGGUUUCAAAUCAAAAAUUGAGGAUGUGAGGGAGGAAAUAUUACGCAAAAGAAGGGCUGGAAAAUUACCAGGUGACACCACUACAGUGCUCAAGAACUGGUGGCAACAACAUUCAAAGUGGCCAUACCCAACUGAAGAUGACAAGGCCAAACUUGUGGAGGAAACUGGAUUGCAACUAAAGCAAAUCAACAACUGGUUCAUCAACCAAAGGAAGCGCAAUUGGCACAGCAAUUCUCAGUCGGUCACCUCCUUGAAGUCCAAGCGGAAAAGGUAGACAUCGAGUUCCAACGUGUUGAUGGUGGUACAGCUUAUCAUGUAAGCUCGGGGGGGGGGGGGGUAAAUAAUUGUGGGCUAACAUUUUGUGAAGGUGCUGAAAAGAAUUUGGGAAGUUGGAUGCUUUUUCUUUAAAAAAAACCAGGUAUAUAGGUUGUAAUGGUAAUGAGUUUUAUGUUGCUUACACAUAUAAGUGUUUUGAUUGAAGUUUCUGACGAAGUAAACUCGCAUUCUUAGUGUCAGAAUCUCUGUUUGUUUCAA